AUGCAUGUUAACGCUGAGUUGUUAUUGAGAUUAUGGGGAAGAGCUGAGGUUAAAACAUCUUACUUGGUUGGUAGAGAAAUUCUUAAGAUGGAGAAUAGUGAAAACCAAGGGAGAAACCUGAUAACUAUAACGGAGAAAAUUCAGUUUGAGGUGGAGUUUCCUACUAUGAAUACUAGUAGUAGUGAGGGAACAGUUAUAGAGAUCUAUAAUAAUCAUUUGACCCAUGACAAGGAAGAACAGGAGAUGAGGAGGUUUUUGGUUCCUAGAACAAGUAUUGAUAAAGUGAAUGUUAAGCAAUCGGAAGUCGAAGUAGAAGAAACACCCCUUAAUGUGGCCAUCGAGUUUACUCCAAAUGAGAUUGUGCGUGAUCCAGGAUGUAGGAAACAAAUUCAUGAGUAUGCUCCGGAUAUUCAAGACCAACCGCUCGGGAGGGUCAAACACUUUGGUUAUGAAGUCUUUAACAAAGAUGGAUUUAAGGAUUGGAAGCAUGCAUCUAAAGGCUUUAAAGAUGAUACUGGUAGUCAUGAUAGUAAGCACAACUCAUGUGUGAAGCACUAUGAUGAUUAUAAUAAUCAAAGACAAAGUUUGACAAGUAUCUUUGCUAGAGCAACUAGGGAAUCAGAAGAAUUGUAUAAGAUCCGUUUAACUUGUUCUUUAGAUUGUACUAGAUAUCUCUUAGUACAAGGCAUUGCUUUUCGUUGCCAUGAUGAAAGCUCUAGUUCUCUAAACAAGGGAAAUUUUAGAGAGAUGGUGGAUUGGGUAAAACCUAAUGAUGAAAAAGUAAGAGAUGCUUUUGAUCGUAGUCCAAAAAAUUGCAUUAUGACUUCCGGUGACAUUCAAAAGGAGCUUGCAACAUGUUGUGCACAUGAAGUUACGAAGGUGAUUAUGGAAGAGCUUGGUGAUAGACAAUUCUCUGUGCUUAUUGAAGAGUCACGUGAUAUAUCUGUCAAAGAACAAAUAACGGUGAUGUUGAGGUUCUUGAACGACAAAGGGAAAGUUAUGGAACGAUUUAUUGCUCUACAUCAUGUCAAAUAUACUACAUCUGAGGCACUAAAGGAUGCUCUUUAUGGCAUUCUCAAUCGUCAUACGUUAUCUAUUUCAAGUAUACGAGGGAAAGGAUAUGAUGGGGCUUCAAAUAUGAGAGGUGAGUUUAAUGGUUUACAAAGAAAGAUUCUAGAUGAAAACCCUUAUGCUUUCUAUGUCCAUUGUUAUGCUCACCGUUUGCAAUUGGUGGUUGUUUCUGUUGCUAGUAGUUGCUCAUCUAUUCAUGAUUUCUUUGAGUACAUCUCCUUGAUUGUAACCAUAACAAGUGCAUCUUGCAAGAGAAAGGAUGCUUUAAAGGAGGAACAACACCAAGAUAUUUUGAAUAAACUUGAGAGUGGUGAGAUAUCUCAAGGAAAGGGCUUGCACCAAUUAUCUCUCGCUAGACCCGGAGAUACUAGAUGGGGUUCACAUUAUACAACCUUGAUUCGUUUGGAUCAGAUGUGGUCCUCCGUGUUAGAGGUGCUUAGUAUUGUUGAUGAAGAUGGACGUGGACUAUCUCAAGCGUUAACUUUUUUGCCCAGGCUAUAUAAAGUUCCUGGCUCCGCCACUGGCCAAAAGCCGCUAGUGGGUCGCUGA